UACAUAGGAGAUUCACUUGGAGAAAGAUCGCUGGCAAGGGUACAUAAAAGAUUAUGAUGGAGGAAUCCUUAUGGAAUGCAAAAUUGAUCCAAAGCUUCCAUAUAUUGACUUGUCAACUAUGAUUCGCUGCCAGAGACAGGCAAUUGAUGAAAAGAUAAGAGAGCUCUCGAACUGUCACAUUGUUUACCCGGGGAUUGACUUUCAAAAGAAAGAAGCUGGUAUUCCUAAGAAACCUAUCAAAGUUGAGGACAUUCCUGGUUUGCACAAAGGUCAGAUGCGGGGAAUCAUACUUAAAGAGAGACCAUGAAACGAUAUACAAGAACACUGUGACUCUCCUAACCUUCAUUCAUAUUAUUGAAGACAAUGAACUAUGGAGUUGCAAUCUUGCUUUAACUCUCUUUCAAAUUUGUUUGGUACUGAAACUACUUUUAGGAUUUUUCCAAGGUUUGGGUCUUUAUUUAAGUUUAAGUUGUAUUUCUUGUUGCUCGGGCUUCAUUCAAUAGGUUUAUCAUGCUUCAGUUGUGAGAAAAAGAUUCUUGAAAUAGAAUCCUCAGUUAAAUUAUCUGGUCAAUCGGCUUCAUUUCU